CAUAGCGCUCGUUGUUGGUUGGUCGCCCUCUGUCAAGGUGGAACGACAUUUUGAGAAAACACUGGGGGAAGAGAGAAACAACGAUGUCUUCUUUUGGAAGGGCCAUGGGUGUCCUUAGGGCCGGGACGCAGCUUCUUACACGUGGACCUCAGAAAAUAGUAACCCGAAAAGCUGGCGGUGGACCACACAUAGAGGCCCAGUACAGGCAAUUCCCACAACUCACCAAGAGCCAGACGUUCCAAGCAGAGCUCCUCAGCAGUGCCAUGUGGUUCUGGAUCCUGUGGCACUGCUGGCAUGACCCAGAUGCAGUAAUGGGUCACUUCCCAUGGCCUGAUGCAUCCGCAUGGACAGAUGAAGAACUGGGGAUCCCAGCUGACAAUGAGGAAUGAGUUGCUCUCUACCCCCAGGUGUGCCUUUUGCCCUGUCUACGGCUACAUCAGUCUUCUCCACCACAGGAUCUGUGACUCAUCCAAGGGAUGUUUGUCAAUGAGAAUGUCUUGUCCUCUGAUGGAAGAUUGUGUUCAUCACGCAACAGUCUUAAACUGUUGGUUUUAUGCACAUUUGCAUUAGGAUGGGAAAUGGAAUGCUUAUUCAGUUAGUACAGUAUAUGCACGAGAGCCCUUCUGUAACAAGAUGUGUUAAUAUGCCCAUUUCAAUUAGGUUCCUUACUGUAGCAGUGGCAUGUUGUAUAAGUAUAUUGUAAUAGUACUUCUCUAUUUCUUGCAUUUCUAGACCCUGUGUGUGUGUGCCCAGUCGCUACCUGGAGGUUAAGGGUGUCCCGAAAGGCUUUGUUGUACAUAGACAAAUAAAAUUCAAUUUAUUCUAAAACAUA